CGGAAUUUAAAUAUGCCAAUAUCACAAAUCUAUUUGGUAACCGACUUGCAUUCCUAACUAUACAUGAAAAUUGUGAGUUAUUAUUAUAUAUAGUAUAUAGAUGUGGUGUGUGCAGUUAGCCUCUUACGAAAUAUGGAGAGUAGCGGUGUACCUGUAAUCGCUCUGAGCUCGGGAAAAGGGAUGCCGGUUUUAGGUAUGGGAACAUUUGAAACAGUUGGGAAAGGGUCUGAGAGAGAGAGGUUGGCGUUUUUAAAAGCGAUAGAGGUGGGUUACAGACACUUCGAUACAGCUGCUAUAUAUGAAACUGAAGAGUGUUUUGGUGAAGCUAUAUCUGAAGCACUCCAAAAUGGCCUAAUCAAAUCUCGAGAUGAACUUUUCAUCACUUCCAAGCUCUGGUGCACUGAUGCUCACCCUGAUCGUGUUCUCCCAGCUCUUCAGAAUUCUCUGAGGAACCUUAAAUUGGAGUAUCUGGAUCUAUACCUGAUACACUUUCCGGUAAGCUUGAAUCCAGGGGAGCUUGUUAUGGACGUACCACGCAACGAAAUUUUUCUAAUGGACUACAGAUCUGUAUGGGCAGCCAUGGAAGAGUGUCAGAACCUUGGCUUCACUAAGUCAAUAGGUGUCAGAAAUGUCUCCAUCAAAAAGCUUAAAGAAUUGAUGGCGAUAGCCAACAUCCCUCCAGUUGUAAAUCAAGUGGAGAUGAGCCCCGUUUUCCAACAAAAAAAAUUGAGAGAGUAUUGCAAGGACAACAACGUAUUGAUCACUGCAUACUCAGUUUUAGGAGCUAAGGGAACGGCAUGGGGUUCCAAUGCAGUUCUGGGAUCUGAGGUGCUUAACCAGAUUGCUACGGCCAGAGGAAAAUCUAUUGCUCAGGUUAGUUUGAGAUGGGUUUACGAACAAGGUGCAAGUCUUGUGGUGAAAAGUUUCGAUGAAGACAGGAUGAGAGAAAACUUGAACAUAUUCGACUGGGAACUGACUAAAGAAGACUCGGAAAAGAUUAUUGUCAUUCCAGAGCGUAAAAUAAUAAUUGAAAAUUUUAUGGUAUCAGUUAAUGGACCUUUCAAAUCUGUGGAAGAGUUCUGGGAUACACCUUUUCUCAGUCCCUAUAAACGGAGGAAUCAAUUGAAAUUUUUAUGGUAUCAUGGGUAGCUUGGUUUGACUAUUCAUCUCUAUAAAUACACCUUUUCUCAGUCCCUUAUAACCUUUACCUUCUUCUCUUCCCUUCCUUGCCAUCUGUAAACUUAGAUUUCGUUUCGUUCUCCUCCAAUGGCUCCCAAGAAGGUCCCCAGUCCUACCACCUCCACGACUUAUGAGGAAUUUAAAAGCGAUCUUCAGAAGUUGGGUAUUUCUCUAUCUCCAACGAUUGAUUCCUCCGUUUCUUCUCCUAUUACCUCAACCAAAUUCAUGGAAUUAAAUUACCGAUGGAUUCAAACGGAAACUUGGUCUUCUACAAAGAUGUUGAUUACCGCUGGCCAACUGAGAGCGGGUCUUUCUUUUCCUUUGUAUGAUCCGAAGAACCCUUUUUUUUAUGAAAUCCUAGUCAAACUUCAGCGAGGUGUUUAUCAAUUGAGUGGAAAUGCCAUCCGUCUUGCUAAUGAAUUCGUCAGAAGGUCUAAUGGCGAUACUUCCCCGAUUUCGUUCCUGCGGAUUACAACAUUGAAUCUUUCUCUGGGAACUACACCGGCCAGGAUAUGACCACGAGAGCCUAUCACGAGUGGGGAGCCAAGCUUUCUCGCAAAAUUUUGGCUGAUCCGUCCAAGGCCCUUCUUUUAGAUGUUGAUCCUAUUGGUGCGAAAAGAAACAAGUAUCUUCGUCUUUCUAGUGAUGAGGAUUGGAUGAUGUUUCCUUUGAUAGCCGAAGGUCCUCUGGUGUGGGGUCUCGACGAGAAUGGGACUGCUCGCACUGGUCCUCUCCCUCAACAUGCCCAUCUCGCGGCAUAUGAUGCAGGUCGAUUUUGCUGGCAUAAGAUGCCCAACGAGUAUCCUAUUCCCCCGACUGGUAUGCUGAAGGACCGCUCUAAAAAGUCAGCUUAAGCAUAGGUUCGUAUCCCGUGGCCUCCCUUUUGGUCGUUGUUUUCGUCGAUUCCUAACCUCCCAUUUUCAGGAGAAUGAGCCUCAAGCAACGGAUGGUCCUGCUAAGAAUUUGAGGAAACUCCAAUAUUCUGGGGUUCCUCCUACUACUUCCCAGGACGAUCCUCCCACCUUUCGCACCUCACAGCGUCGCCGUCACGGCUUGGAUGUGGAAGGCCUGUCCCAAGUCCAUUCCUCAGUCUUACCUCGCCCUGAUCCCUCUCAUCAUCAUCAUCCUCGCUCAUCUUGCGAUACUAUCCCCUCGCGUAGUGCCCCUUCUCCCGAGCCCACUUCAUCUAGAGGUGGUCAGCAAACUACCGAAGUGGAGGAGCCCAAUAUUCUUCCUAACCUAAAAUUUUUAAGGGAAAUUUUUUUUUCAACUCGCGGAGAUCCUUCCUUAAGAUCCUAGGCUACCGAAUCUUUGGUUUCUCUUAGUUUUAACGAUUUUCUGGCUGAAGAUAAAUCAUUUAUUUUGAAUGCUUCUUUUAAUCUUUCUCUGGAGCAACAUUCUGUCAUAAUGGGUUUGGAGCAACAUCGCAGCAUGGCUCAUCUCGUGGAGCUUCGGGAGUCUCGUGAAUUGAUGAAAAAGUCUAGUGCUCGUCCGAUCUUCGCCGAAGUGAACAAGAGCUUAAGGAUCAGGUCUCUCUUUUAUCCCGUGAAAAGGACAGUCUUUCCAACAAGGUCUCCACUCUUCAAGAGGACGUUCAGUAUUUGCAUGAGGAUCUCGAUCAGAUGAUGAAGGAUUCAACCUUGAUUGAAAAGCGUCUUCGCAGAAAUGCUCAAGACGAGAAGGUCAGGUUCUUUAAUGAAUUUUGUGAUUCCCAAGGCAUUCCUCGCAUUUUUCUGGAUCUUGAAGCAUUUUCUGAUGAUGAGCCUGAACCUAUUGCCAAAGAAUCAAUUCCUAUCAUUAAUGAAUUGUCUCCUACUGGCAAGGAUACCGAAACCGACGAGGAUCGUGAAGAUGAUUCCCGCGAGGAUACCGAAAACGACGAGUAUCAUAAAGAUGAUUCCCGCGAGGAUGCAUGACCUCUUUGAACUUUUCUAAUAUUGCAACCUUAGGUUUUACUUUGGAUGAACGCUCCCAAUCUUGGGGGGAAGAAAAUAUUUUUAAUGUAUUUUCCCCUUCAUUGUACUUUUGUGUUUGCCUUUAUCUCGUGCCUUUGCGUUUGCCUGUAUCUCGUGCCUUUGCCUUCGUACCAAGUAUAUACUUUGGAAAACUGAGUCUUGUGAGGAUAAUGCUUAAUAAGAACAUAAAAUAUAAAAGUA